GGAAUGGCACACGUUAUGAAAGAUUAUUGGCUAGUGGACUCCUGAGUCCUGAGAGCAAGGCAUGGUUAUAGAAGCUCUCUGCCUCAAUCCAGCAGAGCUAUAUAUUCCACCACAUGCAUUCUUCUACACAAUUGUCUGAAACUUAGGAAGAAAACCAAUGAAAAGACACUUCUUUUACUCUUACUUCUGUCCUCAAGGUACAAAACAAUACUAGGAUUACCUGUCACAACAUGAGUGAUCAAAUGAUGAAGCAAAGAGAGUCGUCUCCAGAAGCACCAGAUGCAAAGUCUGAAACUUUAGCCUGCUACCAGCCAUCCCAUCAAGCUCCAAAAAAGAAGAAGACCAGCAGCAACAAGAGCAAGAGGAGAUUCAGUGAUGAACAGAUUAGGCUGCUGGAGUCGAUCUUCGAAUCGGAGACAAAGCUUGAACCGAGGAAGAAGAUGCAGGUGGCUAGAGAACUCGGGCUACAACCUCGCCAGGUCGCUAUAUGGUUUCAGAACAAGAGAGCUAGGUGGAAGUCAAAGCAGAUUGAGAAAGACUACAAGAUGCUCAAGGCUAACUACGAUAGCCUUGCAUCUAGUUUCGAGUCUUUACAGGACGAGAGGCAGACCUUGCUCUUACAGUUGCAGAAUCUAAACGCACAGAUGGAAAAAUCAUGGGAGGGAGAUGAUAACUGCAAGGACUUGGAAGGAAGUUGCCAAAUCACGGUACCUUCAGAAGACAGAAACAUGUUUGAGCCCCAAGCUGCACAGCAAGGAGUAGAGAACAAAGUAUUCACAAGUUCACAGAGCACACAAUUUGACAAGAGCAGAGGUUUUAUGCACCCAGGGUAUGAUGGGUACCAGCAGCUCGUGGACAAGGUUCAGGCUACAGAAGGUUCACUACCACCAGGUUGUCAAUUUGACGUGUCUUAUGGAAGUUCACAAUGGUUCAACUUCUGGUGUUGAACGGCCAAAACCCAUACAGGGAAAUGCCUGAAGUUUGGUGGCUUUGAUUUGCUAGUAGCUAAGAUUGGUUAGAGCAAGAACAACAUGGUAUUGAAUGCAGGAGGGUGAUGAGCACUAAUUUGACGAAAAUAUUGACUGUGACAUCAUGCAGGAUGGUGAUUUAGGAAACUAAAGCUAUAAAGUAUAAGUUAUAGAAAUUGCAUAGCUAGAAUUUGCAUUUGGAUUUCGAAAUUCUAAUAAUGUCUACGUAGCAUUGCAACAAAUUCAUAUAGAGGAAGAAUGUUGGUUUGAAUUGUAUGUAUCAGAAGGUAAGACUGCAGUCUGCAAUAUUAUGUGAGAUGAGAUGCAACCAUGAACCAUAUGAGAUGAUGGAAGACGAUCCAAACAGCUACAGUAUGCGUCUAGGAGAGAAAAAACCACGAUUAGGUGGAAGCUAACAAAUCUCAUUGAACUUUUUCACUGAAUAAUCAAUCGACUGCCUACCAGUAACAUUGAACGAUCACUUGCAAGCCAUGUGAACAAAAGAAGAUCUUCCCAGUCUUCCAUAAAGCCAUGUCUUCAACAAUGGGGAAAAAGGUAUCAACUUUCUCCCUAGUAUUCCUUCGUGUCAUGUCUCACAAGUCAAAGCACGGCCCUGGGUCACAGGGACAAUUACACAAGCACUUGGUGUGCAAGAAGAGUUUCCUGAACAACGAUGACUUCCAAACUAAUCCGCUCGCAGGAAGAUGAGGUUAAUCUCCGACAACUGCCCCUAUUCCCUCAACUGCUACUCCCUGCAACUUGCUCAUGCUGUCCCAGGAGAAAAAGCCCACAACUUUCUUCCUUCCAUUGAGUCAAAAAUUCGACACAUUUCCCCCCAAUAGAGAGUCAAAAAUCGGCUUCAGUUCCCUAUCAACCAGCAGUCGUGACUUCUGAACUAUGAUCCUUUAAUUAAUACUUUCUGUAAAC